AAACCAUCUUGGGUCUGCUUCUCUGGCCUUCUUGCUGCUAUACCUGUCCCAAGUUAAACCAAAAGCUUGAGAGCUCGGCGUUUGGGUUUCCUUCUGUUUUGCUCAUUCUCUUCGGGUCCGUUCGGGUCGGGUCGGGUCACGGGUCGACCCGACCCAUUUGCAGCCUUAGCUGUGCGCGGCUACGCUCCGGUUGGGGCUUUCUUACCUCGCGCCGCCGCCGUUCCUUCCCCUUCCUCUUCAAAUCGCAUCGCGUUGGUGGGUCUUCUUGGGGCUCCAUCCUGCAUCUUUUCCUUCUCGUUUUCUCUCUAUCGGCUCGGGUGCCUUAUGGCGGUCGGCGUCCUCGCACUGCAGGGUUCUUUUAACGAACACAUAACAGCGCUGAGGAGAAUCGGGGUCAAGGGAGUGGAGAUAAGGAAGCCGGAGCAGCUGAAUAACGUGGACGCCCUCAUCAUCCCUGGCGGCGAGAGCACCACCAUGGCCAAGCUCGCCGAUUGCCACAACCUGUUUCCUGCAAUGCGGGAGUUUGUAAGCACUGGAAAGCCUGUGUGGGGGACUUGUGCUGGACUCAUUUUGUUGGCAGACAAGGCAGUUGGGCAGAAGUUGGGAGGACAAGAGCUUAUUGGAGGGCUGGACUGCACUGUCCAUCGAAAUUUCUUUGGCAGCCAGCUUCAGAGCUUUGAAACUCUACUGUCAGUGCCUAAGCUUGCAGAGAAAGAAGGGGGUCCUGAUAGCUUCCGUGGAGUGUUUAUACGUGCCCCAGCCAUCCUAGAAGCAGGACCAGAUGUUGAAGUACUAGCUGAUUGUCCUGUUCCUUCUGAUGAUGUAAGGACUAUAGUACCUACUGAUGAAGGCAAGAAGGAGAGAGUGAUCGUUGCGGUAAGGCAAGGGAACUUGCUUGGAACGGCUUUUCACCCUGAGUUGACUUCUGACUCUCGGUGGCACAGUUUCUUUUUAAACAUGGGAAAAGAGACGGGUGAAAGGAGCCUCGAAUGCAUGUCUGCACCUGGGUGGUAUUUAGAAGAUCGUCCAGGGAAAAGGCCUCGUGAUCUUCCCAUAUUUCAGUGAUGCUGAUAUUAUAGCUGUAGUUGCUUAAAAUGUUCCUAACGCAAAGUUGGCUAUUUUCUAGCAGCUUUUUCAAGAAUCCUGCCUAUCGAAGGAUGGAUAUAUGUCUAUUAAUUGAUUAUAUAAUUAUCUAACAGUUGGAGGUAAUUUUGCUUUGAAUAACUCUGUCUCGGCCUGCGAGUUGCUGGUCGAAGACAGGUCCAUCAAUCAUUGAUUUGGGCCCA